CCUUCGACGCUCGGCGUCGCGGUGGCGCAUGCGCAGUGCGGGUGACUUUGAGGCUGCGCGAUGCUGAGCAAGUUGGUGGGGCCGCGUUACGUUCAGCUCCUGCAGAACUGGACUCCCACCCUCGUUACGUGGGGUGGUGUAGCUGGCACCGGUGUGAUAUGGAUCACAGACUGGAAACUCAUCCUUCAGUACGUCCCAUACAUCGGUGGGAAGUAUAAAACUGAAGACUGAGCUUCCCUCUGACAGUCAGGAAACGUAUUACUGGAUUGAAGUGUUUUGGAGCCUUCUGCUGAGAACCCUGCUUUGAGGUGAACUUGAAAUGCUCAGUACAGAUUCUACAAGAGACUGUGGUGCCCCUGACUCUGCCACAAACACUUGUGAACACUUAGCUGUGAACGUUCUGCUUCCCACACAGCCUGCCUCGUGCUCUCCUGAUCCCUUCCACAGCUGAUCUUGGCCUCAUGCAAGUAAUUUAUGAAGCUGAUGUACAAAAUAAAUCACGUGAACGACA